GAAAUAGAGAGAGACAGAGACAGAGCGGGAGGAAGGGAUGAUUUUUUGAACUUGAAUAUCGCACACACGAAGCGGAUGAAUGGUAUAUUAUGACCAGUGGCGUGGUAUAUUAUGACCAGUGGCGCACCCCUUUAGAAGGCAGCCUCCUGAUUGACUGAGGAGAUUACCAAUAAAAAGGGAGGGUUAUCAGGAAACAAACAUGGCUACCCAAGAGAUGGAAGUGGACCGGAAGGGUGAGUCAGAGGAGUCUGGAGAUGAUGAGACCAGGAGGAAGAGCAUCAAUGGGGAGGUUGAUGCCAAUCAGCCCCAUACCACAGUUAAAGAGGAGUCUCCUGUUGAAAUGGAUACCAUAACUCUGGACCCAGAGGAAGAGGAUGUUGAUCUUGUCCACUGUCGUAUUGGGAAGAUUGAGGGAAUGGGGGUGUUGAGGAAGGCGAAGACGCUCUCUUUAAGGCAGAACCUGAUCAAGACGAUUGAAAACCUGGAGACUUUAGUGAUGCUGAAGGAACUUGAUCUCUACGACAACCAGAUCCGCAAACUUGAGAACCUGCAGACCCUCAAAGAGCUGGACCAGCUGGACGUGUCCUUCAAUCUACUGAGGAAGGUGGAGGGUCUGGAGCGUCUGACGGGGCUAAAGAAGCUCUUUCUGCUGCACAACAAGAUCAGCCACAUCGCCAACCUGGACCACCUCACCGGCCUGGAGAUGUUGGAGCUGGGCUCUAACCGCAUCCGGCUAAUAGAGAACUUGGACGGGCUGUCGUCGUUGACGAGUCUGUUUCUGGGCACCAAUAAGAUCACUCAGCUGCAGCAUCUGGAAGGCCUUCACAACCUGACAGUCCUCAGCAUCCAGAGUAACCGCAUCACCAAGAUGGAGGGUCUGCAGGGUCUGGUCAACCUGAAGGAACUGUACCUGAGUCACAACGGCAUCGAGGUCAUUGAGGGCCUGGAGAACAAUAAAAAGCUCACAACUCUAGACAUCGCAGCCAACCGGGUAAAGAAAAUUGAAAACAUCAGCCAUCUAACAGACCUACAGGAAUUCUGGAUGAAUGAUAAUCAGCUAGAGAACUGGUCAGAUCUAGAUGAGCUGAAGAGUUCCAAGGCCCUGGAGACGGUGUACCUGGAGAGGAACCCCUUGCAGAAGGACCCCCAAUAUCGCAGGAAGAUUAUGCUGGCUCUGCCCACCGUACGCCAGAUCGACGCCACGUUCAUCCGCUUUUGACCGGGCCACACCUCACCUUGGUGUCCCUCCACUCACCGUUCUUCCCCUUCAACUGCAAAAUAGACCUCAGCUUACUGCACACACUCAUUCACCACAGACACACCGACACAAGUGUCCUUGUAUACCACAUACACUCCAGCACACACACAUUCUGACCAUCACGUUUCACUUGCCUUACUGUCUCAUGUAAAACACUCAUGUACACACUUACACUCACCAUCUGACCUAUGCUAUUGUGUUAAUUUAUUGUCAGAAUUGGACUGGAUAGGGGCUUGGAGGAGUGGGAGCUGCAGGGAUGUGAAAAGGACUGCCCCCCCCUUACCCCCUUUGGAUGUGGAGUAGGGAAUAAUUGCUCUGCCUGAUUGUCCUUUUUGUCUGGAGGGAUUUAAAAGGAGAAGGUUGUCAGUCUUUCUCCCUUUGUUAUUGAAAUUGCACUGUACCUGGCAAGAAGGUGGGCUGGCGGUAUUGCUGAUGGUCUAUUUAAGUGUUCAUCACAUUUCCUUCAGGAAGUUCUAAACUCACCAGACAGUCUUAUUUUAAAGAAUUUAAAAAAAAAUGUGUAUAUAUAUAUUAAAUGUUACAAUGGUA